GGGCUCAGUCAGCUGUCAGUCGUUCAAAACAAAAACAAACACACAGUAGCCCUUUGUCCGAGAGAAAUGUUUCCAUAUUCCGUGUGCAGGACAAUAAAAACGUCCAUCCGGUCGUUUCACCUAAGUGCAGCAUGCUAUUCCCGGCCAGUUCCGGUUCCUCUAUCGUUCACGCGGUACGAAAACAACGUGUCGGACAGCAAUGCACCGCCAGUGCUCGUACUUCACGGACUGUUCGGGUCAAAGUCGAACUGGAACAGUUUGGCCAAGGCGUUUCAUAAGAAUACCAAACCCGUCCGUAAGAUAUACGCCAUCGAUGCACGUAAUCACGGAGACAGCCCACACACGGAUGAACACUCGUACGACCAUAUGGUGGAAGAUUUGGUUCAACUGUACAAAACAUUGGGCAUUCAGCAAGCUUCCAUCAUCGGGCACAGCAUGGGAGGACGUGCGAUGAUGCUUUUAGCGCUGAAAUAUCCCGAACUGGUGGAAAAGGCAAUCAUUGUGGACAUCUCACCCAGCACCGGACUUGGCACCAGCAACACCAACAUCCCGCUGUUCCUGCAAUCGAUGAAGAUGAUUCAAAUAUCGCCCGAAGCCACCAUCCAUCAGGCGCGGAAGAUUGCCGAUGAACAGCUGAGCCGCAUCGUGGCGGAAAAGCCACUGCGAGAUUUCCUCAUAACGAAUCUGGUCAAGGGAGAAAAGGAAAACGGUGGUAAAUUCCGGUGGCGCAUCAAUCUACAGUCGUUGGAGCGUAAUUUCAACAGCGGGGUAGCACAGUUCCCGCAACUGACUGGGGAGAAAUUCGAAGGACCAACGUUAUUCAUUGCUGGUGGUCGUUCGGAUUACGUUAAACCCGCAGAUGUACCGUUGAUAAAGCAACUGUUUCCUAAUUCGGAAAUUACGUACGUGCAGGAUGCCGGCCAUUGGGUUCACAGUGAAAAGUCGACCGAGUUUGCGAAGCUCGUACUGAACUUUCUCAAUGAAUAGAGGCUAUGAAUGGUGUGGUGUACUAUGUCGAAUUUAUCUAGUUUCAUAGAAUGGAAUUGUUAAUUUUGCGCAAAAGAAAGCAAAUGGACGAUAAGAAAAGAAAAUCUCACUGUUCUUGCUACAUUCCAUUCUCAA